AUGGCUGCAAACACUCUCAUUAUAGCGCUAGUUGUGGCUGAUCAGCACCUUCACACCCCCAUGUACUUCUUCCUGGGAAAUUUGUCCUGCUUGGAGAUCUGUUGCAACUCAACCAUCCUUCCCAGGAUGCUGGCCAGUUUCCUGACUGGGGACAGGACCCUUUCUGUUACAGGCUGCAUUGUGCAGUUUUAUUUGUUUGGUUUCCUAGUGACCACUGAGUGUUAUCUGCUAGCUGUGAUGUCUUAUGAUCGAUACUUAGCGAUAUGUAAACCUCUGCACUAUGUCACUCGUAUGAAUGGCAGGUUCUGUAUCCAACUAGCAGCUGGAUCGUGGCUAAGUUCAUUCAUAGUUCUUAACAUAUUAAUGUGUUUGGUGUCACAAUUAGCCUUCUGUGGCCCUAAUGAAAUUGAUCAUUUCUUUUGUGACCUCACCCCAGUGAUCAAUCUCUCCUGCAGCGACACCAGUCUGGUGACCCUGGCGACCCUCAUAUUGUCCUCCAUAGACACUGUUCCCCCAUUUAUGUUGACCCUGACAUCCUAUGUUUAUAUCAUCUCCACCAUCCUGAGAAUCCCUUCCACCUCUGGGAGGCAAAAGGCCUUUUCCACCUGUUCCUCCCACCUUAUUAUGGUUACAAUCUUCUAUGGGACCUUAAUGAUUGUCUACAUGUCACCAAACACUGGUGCACUCAGAGCCCCAAACAAAGUGUUUUCUGUCUUCUACACGGUCUUGACACCCCUGUCAAUCCUCUCAUCUACAGCUUGA